GAUUUUUUUGCCAGUAUAAAAGCAAAAGUGAGCCUGGCAAGGCUAUGGAACCUCCUCCCUUUUCCACCUGGACUAUUUGGCCUUCAACCAUACUUAUUUCUGCACCUUAACUUCUGCCAGAAUCUCACGAUAGCCGUCCGCUUGAAAAGUUACUAUUAUUAAAAUGUCUAAAGUUCCUGCUGUUUUGAAUCCUACCGAUGAAGACAUCCAAAUGAUGUUGGCUGCUCAAUGCCACAUUGGUACUAAGAAUGCCAACAUUCGUAUGGCUCCUUACGUCUUUAAGCGUCGUGCUGAUGGUAUUAACUUGAUCAACCUUGGUAAGACCUGGGAAAAGAUCAUUUUGGCUGCUCGUGUUAUCGCUGCCAUUGAAAACCCUCAAGACAUUGUUGUUGUCUCUGCUCGUCCCUACGGUCACCGUGCUGCUUUGAAGUUUGCCAAGUACAUUGGUGCUGAAGCUAUUGUUGGUCGCUUCACUCCUGGUACCUUCACCAAUUAUAUCACCCGUUCUUUCCGUGAACCUCGCUUGAUUAUCUGUACUGAUCCUCGUUCUGAUUUCCAAGCUAUCCUUGAAGCUUCUUAUGUCAACAUUCCCGUCAUCUCCUUUGCUGAUACUGAUGCUGUACUUAAGUUUGUUGACGUUGCUAUCCCCACCAACAACAAGGGUAAGCAUGCUAUCGGUUUGGUUUACUGGCUUUUGGCCCGUGCUGUCCUUCGCCUUCGUGGUACUUUGGACUACAAUACUCCUUGGGAUGUCAUGGUCGAUAUGUUCUUCUAUCGUGAUCCCGAAGAAGUUGAAAAGGAUGCCGAAGCUGGUGCCGUUGAAGAAGGUAACCGUGAAUGGGGUACCGGUGCUGAAGAGAAUGACUGGACUAUUGAAGGUGCUGCCUCUGAAGGCCCCGCUGCCUUUGCCGCUAGUGCUGGUGACUGGUCUGCUCAAGCUGAAACUGGUGCUUCUGACUGGGCUGAAGACGUUGCUGCUCCUGCCGAAACCUCCGGUUGGGACUAAUUAGUUUAGUAGCCAUUUCGUAUCAUCAAAUUCAUUGAAAUUUGAUCUCUUUUCAAUAAAAAACUUAUGAUAGCUGCACUGUUACUCAUAAUG